CAUCAGCCGAGCGUAGAAAACUGCAAUAAUGCACAUUUCAGCUGAGGUUAGUUCGACAACCUCAAAUCAAACACAGCCGCCGCACCACCAACAACAACAACAACAGCAGCAACAACAGCAGCAGCAACAACAACAGCAACAUACUGCGACUGCAACAACAACAAUAACAACAACGAAGCGACGCAAUGCAGAGACUAACAACAACAACAACAACAACAGCAGUAGCAAUAACAACAACAACAACAACACCACUAGCAACAACAAUAAUAAUAACAACAACAACAACAAUGGCAGCAGCAAAAGCAAACCCGUGGACACGAGUCCGUAUCUGACGCCAGAGAAUCUGAUCGAGCGAACUGUCGAUGUUCUGCUCGCCGAACAUCCGGGCGAACUGGUUAAAACCGGUUCACCACAUGUGGUUUGCACCACGCUGCCCACGCAUUGGCGCUCGAAUAAAACGCUGCCAAUUGCAUUCAAAGUGCUGGCACUGGGCGAGGUCAUGGAUGGCACCAUUGUCACCAUUCGGGCGGGCAACGAUGAGAACUUUUGCGGUGAACUGCGCAACUGCACCGCCGUCAUGAAGAAUCAGGUGGCCAAGUUCAAUGAUCUUCGAUUCGUCGGACGCAGCGGCCGAGGUAAAAGCUUUACGCUGACAAUUGUCAUCUCAACGAAUCCCAUACAGAUCGCCACCUACACGAAGGCCAUCAAGGUGACCGUCGAUGGACCCCGCGAGCCGCGUUCCAAGGUGCGUCAUCAGGGCUUUCAUCCGUUCGCAUUUGGACCACAACGCUUCGGCCCAGAUCCACUGAUGGCUGGAUUGCCCUUUAAGUUGCCAGGCUUCGCACAUCAUUUGGUGGGGAUGCACAGUCACCUGCAUGCGCCAGAUUGGCGAGCUCACAUGGCUUUGGGUGGACGCCCUGGAUUUCCAGCCGCGCCCUUUUUCGCCCAUCACCAUGGGGCGAGCUUUCCAGCAGCUGGCGGACUGCGUGGCUUGAGCGCAGACAAUCAGCAGCAACUGGCGACUGUGGGCGCGGCGCAUAGCACAACGAGUCCCGAGGGAUCGCCGACGACGACAACGACGACGAGUGCGACGCUGAGUGCGUUUGUGCAGCCGGCCGCAGCAUGUAGUAUGAGUGCGGGCAGCUCGCCGCCGCUGACGUUGACGAGCAUGCAGCAUCACGACAAUAACAACAACAGCAGCCACAACAACAACAGCAACAGCAACAUCGAUGCGGGCUUCGAGAGCGACAGCAUCUCGGUGACCGGAUCACCACGAAAAAGCAUCAGCUCGCUGACGCACGACGAUGAGGAGGAAGCUGAUCCCGAUCCCGAUCCAGAUCCCGAGACGGAGACGGAAACCCGUCGCACUCGCAGUCGGAGUCGCAGUCCGACGCUGCUCAGUGCCGAUGCCAGCAGCGUGGCAACGCUAACGGAGCCAACUCCAGGCAGCGGUGGCGCUUUUACGGCGCUGAUACAGCGCAGCAAGAAUCCCACGGAACUCUUUGGCGGCUUUGCGGCCGCCAGCGCUGGUCAUUUUGCCCCAGCUGGCCACAGUUUCAAUCCCGCUCUGGCGGCUCAGCUCUUUCUGCAGAGUCCCCUGCUGCCUCAGUCCAGUCAAUGGCUCUACACUCAGCUCUAUGGCAGCUACAGCGAGCUGCCUUGGCUGCGCACAGCUGCCGUUGCCGCUGCCGCCAGUUCAGCUCCCCAGCAACAGCAGCAGCAGCAACAACAACAGCAGCAACAGCAGCAGCAGGAGGCAGCUGCUCAUGCAGUGGCAUCCACCGAUGCCGAUGGCGUUAAUCUGAUCAAGCGUUGCGUCACGCUGAUCACACACAAUCCACCGGAUGCCGAGAAUGCCAAUCCGAAUGCCUCGCCGCCGGUUAGCUCCACACGGCGGUCGCCUUCACCUGUGGAGACGAUCGAUUUGGAUGAUGUGAGCACCACAUCGCGUUCGGCCAGCGGAUCGAGCGGUGCUGGCGGUCCAAUACGCAAUCGUACGCCCAAGCCGACGGCUGAUGUCUGGCGUCCCUACUAGCGGCUGGCCGCCGCCUUGCUGGGCAGUUGUCUGGCGGCGCAGGGGGCAGGGGGAGAAGUGCCCAUGGAGGGGACACUCAAGUAGGCCACUUGUGAAGGGUUGCUCAAGCAGUUCGUUAUCUCGCUUAAGGGCAACAGCAAACAAAAUUAUUGGCAAUUAAGCAGAUAAACGUAAACAUGUUCACCGAUUUGUUUUCAAUAUGCAUUUCUGUUAGCCAAGUGCAAUUUGCAACUAAGUGCAACACAGUGUGGCCACUAAAUGAAUUUGUUGAA